CGCGAUACUUUCCACAGUUUGCUGGUUCCCUUCUAGCCACCAGCCACGCACAGCUGGCGGGAAAUACUAGGGAACAUAAACACACUGUGUUGGCAUGGUUGGGAUCAGUUGAAUGUGAAGGCGUCUGAAUAAUGGUUCAGAUAGUAGUAAGAAGCAGUGUGGAUGGCAUCAGUCCUCCAGAAUGGCUGCUGGUGGAGCUGCAGGGUGAGGUGAUCUCCAGACACAACUCUGGUCUGGCAGGAGACGUGAUGGGAGACCUAGUCUACACCAGAGAGGGGGUGCCAGUGCUCAUUGUAGGACAUCAUAUUCUAUAUGGGAAGCAGGUCAAACUUGAGAAACCCUUCGCUGUCCUCACCAAGCAUUCCAGCCAUUUGCAGGAUGGCCUUGGCAGCCAUGACAACGACGACAACAACAACAACGAUGAUGUCACACAGGUGCCUAUGGAAACGAACCAGCAAGGACCCACCUCCACUUCUUACUCUGUGACUGCCCUCAUCAAACGGAAGCUGAUCUUUAAGACGCGCCCCAAACCCAUCAUCACCAACGUACCCAAGAAGGUGUAGCGGGACUGCGUUUCCUCACUGGGUCAGAGGUCUUGUGUGUGUUUGAUAGUGACAAACUUUACUGGGAGUGUACUUCAGUUUGUGUCAUCUCUGACAGGAUGAAGUUUGAUUAUACAUCUGUUGUACAAUUGAUCAAUACUACACCUCAUAUUGAUCAAUACUGCCUACCUUUAACUGUCCUGAAGUGAUUCAAACAAGAGACUUUAAAGCUGAAGUAGGUAAGUUGGAGCAAAUGUGAUUUAAAAAAAAAAAAAAAAAGUUAAAAAGUAUAUCCUGACAGUAGUGCAUGAGACAG